AGUCCUGUAGAGAAGAAUGAAUAUAUUAAUACUAUAAAACAAUAAAAAUACAGAACAAAUUUGUUAUGCAAACCAUGAUGUGGUGAACCAUCAUUAUGAGCCACUUGUAUGCAACCAAACCUCCACUCCAGAUAGAGAGGCAAUUUGAGAGAGAGAGACCCAGAGAGAGAGAGAGAGAUAGACCCAGUGAGACUGGCUGGUUUAAAAGAGAGAGAGACUUGAUCCAGUAGGUGGCGCUAACACUAUCAUUUCAUACACACUCAGUUAUUUUCAGGUCAGGAAUCUGAUGAAGUAUGUGCAGUUAUCUGAAUUCAUAUAAAUACUGAAGACAUGAGAAUAAAACUUGGUUAAAUGAAUAGGUCAGUAUCUGUUUGUUGUGCACAGCUUUGUUUGUCAGUUGUCUAGUAUAUGCACCAAAAUCAGCUGCCUCUAAACUGGGUGGCAACAAAGGCAUCUGCCUUUACAUCAGUGGCCGUUUCUGUUGACCUCUAAGAGCUACCGCUACCAAGAUUUAACCCUGCAGCUACUGCAUUUCUAUUGGCUGAUGGAGCUGCUCUAACAUCUGAAACACCACUCAGGGAACUAACUGGGACUCCUCUUCAGAGUCGAGUCCAGUUCAUUGAUAUAAACUGGUUUACGAGUGUCAGAAUUGAGAGGAAUAAACUUAACAACGUCACUGCAAACAUGGUAAGACCUAGCUUGCGAACCAAAGCUAAGAGUCACCUUGGUUGCUACAGACCGGUCGGUUACUGCUCUUGUGUUGUCACUGAUGCUAACGUGUGCGUUCUCACAGGCUGAGAAGAGACACUGCUGGGACCUGAGGAGGGGGAUGGAUAAACGCCUCGCUGACGAACGGCAGAGGAUGCGGGCGGCUCAGAUUUGUGAAAGAGAUCGGCAGCUCCUUGCCGUAAUGAAGCAGGAGGAGGGCAGGCAGGAGAGGAGGAGACUCAUUUGGCAGGUUGAGGACGUAAUAAAGAGAAUAAAGCCACUUGAAAAAAAGGAGAGGGUAGCUAAAGAGCUGGAUCCUCAGCAGUGCACCGAAGAGAACAGUUUAAAGCUUCGAGAAUUGGAGUUGAAUCUGAAAUAUGCAUCUCUGAACAAGGAGAGAGCUGCACUGAUUUCAGAGCAGGAGGCCAUGCGGUCUAAGACCAUGAAACUGAAGGCUACAGAAAGAGUGACAGAGGGAGGCGCUGCUGGGACAGACAGAUGAAGAAGAGAGAAAGAGCUCCAGUGUGGGAAUCAUGAAUCAUUUUACACAGCCUCAUUUCUUCUCUUGAUCAAACAAGUGUGUGAUCAUCAGUGUAUCUUGAUUCAUUAUUUAAAUAAAUCUUUAA